UCCUGCAUAUCAUUCUUCCUCCAACCGACUCUACAUUCGCAUGAUCACAGACGGUUCAGUUAGCAGAAAAGGGUUUCAGGUUAAAUAUGAGGCAAUAACAUGUGGCGGAUCGCUCACAGGAACAUAUGGCGCUAUCAAGAGUCCCAAUUACCCGAAUCCCUACCCACAUGGAACAAACUGCUUGUGGAAGAUAACUGCUCCAACCAACUACUACAUCAAGCUCACCAUUAACGACUUCCACGUCGAAUCACACUCGAACUGCAAUUUUGAUGCUCUUGAGGUGUAUGGAGGUCCAGACGCGUCGGCCCCACAGUUAGCCAAGCUUUGCCACAGUCAGACAACAACACAAGUCCUCACAACCACUGGCAAUACCUUGUCCCUCAGAUUUAGGAGUGACGCUGGCGUGACCAUGAAGGGCUUUUCAGCCGUGUACAAGGCAUUUAGUGGAGGCUGCGGGGGCAGCUUCAGUAUUCCCCAGGGCGUCAUAGUGUCCAAGAACUACCCCCAGAACUACCCCCACAACACCGACUGUCAGUGGCGGAUCACAGUGGCGAGGGGAAGCAGGGUGCGGCUGAAUAUAACCGAUUUCGACGUAGAAAGUCACAGCACCUGCCAGUACGACUAUGUUGCACUACACGAUGGCUAUUCUGCUGCAUCUAGGCAGAUGUUGAAGUACUGUGGCUCAACGCUGCCAUCUCAAAGGAUAUAUACGUCAUCAUCCAAUCAGAUGUAUGUACACAUGAGAACAGAUGGCACCGUGAGCGCCCGUGGAUUCCGAGGGGAAUUCACCACUGAUGUAUGUGGUAGCAGUCUGACAGACACUUACGGAACAUUGACCAGCCCAAAUUACCCCGGCAAUUACCCCGUGAAUAAAGAUUGUCAGUGGAAGAUUACAGUUCCAAGUGGCAGUUAUAUCAAGUUGACUAUUACCAGUUUUGACCUCGAAACACAUUCCAACUGUUCAUACGAUGUCGUUGAGGUCUUUGGAGGGCCUGACCUGUCCUCUCCACGUCUUACGAGACUCUGUCACAGACAGACCACUCAUCAGAUUGUAACAUCAACGGGGAACACCAUGCUUGUGAGAUUCAAAAGCGACAGCAGCGUAUCGGGCACAGGGUUUUCUGCCUUUUACCAGGCUCUAAAUGGAGGAUGUGGCGGUACAUUCAGCACCCCUAAUGGAGUCAUUAUGUCCAAAAACUACCCACAGACCUACCCUCACAACACUGAAUGCCGCUGGCUGAUCAAAGUUGAGUCUGGCCAAAGGAUUACACUCACCUUCGUGGACUUUGACGUUGAAGAUCACGCUAGCUGCAGCUAUGAUUAUGUCGCUCUCUACGAUGGGACAAGCACAUCUGCCAGGCAGCUGUUGAAGCACUGUGGAAACAGGUUACCUGCUCCGACUGCAUACAGGUCAUCAUCCAACUCCAUGUACGUGCGCAUGCGCUCUGACAUCUCCGUCGCGUCACGGGGAUUCAAGGCAGAGUACAGUUGCGCCUGAUAGCGAUGAGGAACUGUAUUGCAUUUUAGUCCAUAUCAACAUAUUCUGGACUCAUUGCGAUUUUAUCUUUUCCUUCAUAUAGCUCUUUGUUUUAUGCUGAUAUUACUGAUUGAGAUGAUUCUAAACUAAUAUAUGGAUUUGUAUAGAAAGUAUUUUUCCUCUUUUUCUUUUGGAGGUACUUGAUCGCUAAUGUUUGCAACGUUCAUUUUGCUUUGAUUUUAUGGUGACUUCAAACAGUUGAUACCAGUGCUACUUUUGUUAACAUUUCCGUUUAAAUGUUAUGUAGACUUGUAGAGAGUGAAACUUGUAACUUUAUCCUGAUAACAUAAAGGUUGGAUACACGUAGAUGUUGUUUUUAAAAAUAAGAAUUCUGGUAUACAUUGAUUUUACAAUUAUCAUUGUUUUCUUAUUCUUCGCUUACCAAGAAAGCUAAAGGAGUUCCACAAUAUCAUUUUAGUAAUAGCAUGUAUGACUCUGUAUUUAGUAUUUUCAGAAAAGAUUAUGUGGGUGUUAUUGUUCACCUAAUGGGUAAAGAAACGAACACUUAUAUCAAUUAUAAUGAAUAUGUUUCUGAAACAUUCGGAUACUUUCUAAUUUCGCAUAUGAAUAUAUGU